AUGCGUUUUGGCAUCUGUGCCUUGCGAGGCGCCAAACAAUACCGCAGAUCCCAGAACAACGAACUGAGGGAUGAAACAGCACGCUUAAAGAAACAAAUCGCUUGUCUUCAGAGGAAAUUGGGCGUGCACAAUGAUACGCUCGAGGGUGGACAACAUAUCGGACACUCUCCCGAGACCUUCUUACAGUCGUCGGGUUCUUCCAGCUCCUUGCCCGUAUGGCCUCUGGCGCUGCUUGCGACGAACGAUCAUCCCAUUCUCUCCCAGAAUUUUCGUCCACAAUCUUUGCCAGGCUUCGUUCUCACCACUUUUGGACUACGGGACUACAACUUCUCUGAUGAGUUCGAUGAUUGGGACCAGGACGAUGGAUCUUCAAAUAGAUCGUUGAAUCAACUAAUUGGUCAUGAGGUCUCCACUUCGAGCAGUCUCAAUGAACUCCCAAGCAUGGAAGAAACACGCAGUAUUAUACGGUCCCUGCUCGAAUCAGCCAAGCAUGGUCCUAGCAAUCUAGACAAGAUUAUUGGACAGACACAGCUCGAGGAAGAUUGUCGAUUGGUAUAUGGCCCGGAUGGCCUCAUGGCUCUCGAGUAUGCGAAUAAUCGAUUUAGAUGCUUUAUCACAGUUUAUCUGGCAAUGUGUAUGGCGGCGGCCGUAAAUGGUGAGGACGUCACAACGGACGCUCGAGCAACUGCUUGUCGCGCGAUUGGAAUGAAGGAACUGGCGUCUGUGACAUCGAGAGAGGACCUCGCCUGUGUUGAAGCAUUGACGCUCCUCUGUGAACUUGCCAUCCACGAGCCCAACGGGUCAAGUCUGUGGCAGCUGGUCGGCCUGACUGGACGUACUGCUAUCGCUAUCAGCCUUCAUCGUCGCGACGACAUAUACCUGCCUACAGUGUAUCCUUCUUGGCCUGCUGUCGACGAGGAGCCUGCCACGAUAUCUGCACGAAAUCAAAGACGUAAAGACCUUUUUUGGGCGUUUUAUAGCCUUGAUAGGUUGACGAUGUUCACUCUAAACCGCCCGGCGUCCAUCAAAGACGAGGAUAUCGAUGUGGAGCUGCCGCCAUUGACUAUGUGGCCGGAGGGUAAAUAUGCCACCGCUUCAAGCGAGGCACUCUGGGUCCAUCACCUGCAAGCUAGACGGCUCUAUGGCCAGAUCUAUGAGUCACUGUAUGGAGUAUCGAGACCAAAUGAACGCGAUACCACCGCUCAGCGAGAGAAAGUAGUGGCCAAGUAUGUCCAUCAGGUGAGGCAAUGGUACAUGUGGAGUCGAUUCAAUGCUACUGUCGUACCGUUCUCAGAUGACAGUGUCAAGCGACACUUACUCGACGACGUACAAUACCACCAAAUGAUGAUGGCUCUUCAUCAGCCUUCGCCACUCAUUCCAAGCGUCUCAUCAACCUUCAUGGCCACCCUCAAGAGAUCUGCCAGCCUUUCUGUCAACGUCUUUCACCAUGCAGCUUUCCGAAAACAACUCAAUGUGCAUUGGGUCAAUUUGUAUCAUUUCUUCAUCUCUUGCGCUAUACUCAUCUACUGUUUCCACCAAUACGAGAUUCGGUCCGAUCUCGUCACUGUGCCUCAUGAUGAGGUGACGGAGAUGCUCGCUCGAUGUCGAGACACGCUACCUCUUUUUCGCGGUUCCGGAGCAUCCCUUGUGCGUCGAUAUGGGGCAAUGCUCACCGAGAUCAUCCGAGCUUUCGAGUUACUGCAGCAGCAGCAGGAGGAGGUAAUCUCGGUGGAGCAAAUCCCCUCGCCGACUCAUGUGGAACCCGCCAGUGGACAACCUCAACUUGAUCCAAGCCAAGGUUCUGCCUUUGAUAUCGACAUGAUAGUCAAUAGUCUGUUGCAGGAAGGGUAUAUCCCCAAUAAGACCCCUUCGCCCAUCUUUGCUGAGGGCAACAUGUCCAGUGAGCUGGCGAAUUUUAUGCUCCCCGGCAUGUGGCCAGACACGAUGGGUCAGAGUGCAUGGGGCUCGACUGUAGAAAGGCACUCAAACAUGGAGACCGAGGGAGAGGAAGGGCCAGUGUGUGGGCUCGGCUUGCCAUCAUGA